GCAUCACAGACCCCCUUUAACCGCCGGAAGUCUCGCGAUAACGAGAGAGCGUGAUCCCGCAGGCCUGUUGUGUCUGACGAGAGACGCUGCGUGGGGGGUUUUCGCUUUAUGUCAUCGGGAACGACGCGAGAGCUGCAUUUGCGCCGCUGUUUCUCACGCUUCCGCUGCGUCUUCCAGUCGUUUCUUUCCACAUACACGAGCUUAACGACCUUGCACUGCACUCGCGCGCGGGUUUUUGAGGAUGAGGAUGAUGCGGCGGUGUUAUGCUCGCGUGCAGCUGAGGAGAGAGAUGGACCGUAGCACCGUCGAUCUAAACGGCCCCGUACGACUCUAACUCGUUGUCUCACCGCGUUAUCUGUUUAAUUCCCGCAGUCGAGAGCUUCUUGGAGAUGGAUAUGUGGACGUCGAGUGGCAGCAGGCCCUCCGGAUGGCAAACAAACCGCGAGGAUCUGUAGCCUGCUAGCUAGCUAGCGACGUUAAGAGAAGAAGAGCGCAGUCACCGUGUGAGGAGGAGGAGGAUGAUGGAGCUUCAGCCCUGAGCUCUCACUAGGAGGAAGAUCAGGCACAGAUCCUGGUCUCUGAUGAGCUCGUUUCUCUCUCCAGGGCUGCUGGACUUCUAACCGUAUCAUAUCUCGCUAUAUUAUGCAGUCGCACCCGAGCAGGGACCGUGCUGUUUACUGACCGCUGCGGAGACAUUAGCUCAGUUCUUCACGCGUCUCUGUCACAGUCCAGCUCUCCUGAGAUGGAUAAACUCACCAUUAUUUCAGGAUGUCUCUUUCUGGCCGCGGAUAUCUUCGCCAUAGCGAGCAUAGCCAAUCCAGACUGGAUCAACACUGGCGAGUCAGCAGGGGCUCUUACUGUGGGGCUGGUGCGUCAAUGUCAGACCAUUCAUGGACGAGAUCGAACCUGCAUCCCCCCACGACUCCCUCCAGAGUGGGUCACCACGCUCUUCUUUAUCAUCAUGGGUAUCAUCUCCCUCACGGUCACCUGCGGCCUGCUGGUGGCCUCGCACUGGCGUCGAGAAGCCACAAAGUACGCAAGGUGGAUCGCCUUCACAGGAAUGAUCUUGUUUUGUAUGGCCGCCCUCAUAUUCCCAAUAGGAUUCUACAUCAAUGAAGUAGGGGGACAACCGUACAAAUUACCCAACAACACAGUGGUGGGCUCCUCUUAUGUACUGUUCGUGCUCUCCAUCUUCUUCACAAUAGUGGGGCUGCUGUUUGCGGGAAAAGUCUGUCUUCCUGGCUGAGGGAACGUUCCCAGGAGGGACAGCUGGGGUGUUCAAAGUUAGACAGAAAGAGACGGCACUCAUUGAGAAGGGCCAACGAAAGGGGGUGGUGGUAUAUGGUAAUAACUCAUUAAACUAAACAGACGAUUACUGCACACACUACAUACGAGUGCCUCCGCCAAACCUGAGCUUUGUUAAUCCCGUGCUGUCUUUAUGUUGCACCUUUGAGUUUCAACCCGAAGGAUCCCGUUGGAGUACACGUUGGAGCAGGCCCAUCCGGAAAGGACUGAGCGCAUCCACAGCGACUGCUUCCAGUACUACUUUACUUUGGAAUAUAGUUAAUUUAAGUUUGCAGAGUUUCACACAAUUGCGCCCCCUGCCAUUGUGGAGAGGAAAGACAAGAAACUGGUGGAGAAUGCGGGCAGCGACACAAUGGACCCGGCGCUCAGUCCAACCAGAGGGGCUACAACGGGACUCCCACAUUCUCUCUAGCGGCCCGAGAGCUGGUCGGGACACUGCACUGUUACAAAAGAGGGAAAGGAGAAAGGGAACAGUAUUAAGAACAAUUUUGCUCGCACGCUUCAUGAGGCGAACACUCCAGGACUGCCGGUCAGGACCCUGCAAGGCUGUGCCUCGCUGUUACACGCUCAGAUAUUGACGGACGCGUCUCUGAAUCUGACCUCAUACCAAAAUUAACUCCCGCCUGAGCUCACUUGAGUGUGAGGCGAGUUUAGUUCAAUCACGGGCGGAUGUAUUAGUGCUUCGACUUUACACCUGCUCAUCUCUUCUUGUUUUGAUCUCUGGGUUUGCAGAGCCCUUUAUUUGUUUGGUUUGAUUUGCUAAUGUGCCAUAAACCUGUUUUGUCGUAUGAAUGCUAAGGACAUGAGUUGGGUUUAAGGGAGCAGUAUAUGCGGUAUAGCCAUUUCAGUAGGUGAAGCACUACAGAUGUACAAAAAUGAACUCCUUACCUCAUUAUCUUGCGAUUCAGAAUUAUUUUUCCCCUCCCAUUACAAAAUAUGUGCCCUGUAAGUUAUGUUCUGCCUUGGUCACGGACGUUUCAUUCAAAUGCUGCGAUCAUGGCAAAUUAUUUAUCUGACACUGAAUAAAAAGGAGCUCAAGAAUGCGUGCGUGUUACAUUCGCUCUGUUUUUAAGCCGUUCCACUUUUUGGAAUGCAGAUGUACUUGUUGAGAGCGUCUCUACAGUGGAACAAAACCAGAAGUGUUUGUUUAUGAUGGAUGUGUGAUAUGAAGGUUACAUUUUGCCCACAAGCUGUUGUUUUUUCAUAAAUCUUCUCCAAGUGUGUGUUGUUUUAUUUGAAUGUGCUUUUUUUUUUGGUUUAAUCCACUUAAGAAAGGUCAUGCUCACAGUCGCCUUUACAUUCUUUACUAAAUCAAUUUCAUUAAUGCUUUGAAAGACUGCAUUUUCCUUGGAAACGUUCAUAUUCAUUAUAGGGAUGGCAAACAGAUAAAGUAUAUUUAUUCAAAUUUUAGAUGAUUCUCGUAAAUAUAUGGGGUAAAAGCAUACACUCUUGGAUCGAAGAAUUGAUAAAAAAUGUUUCUAAGAAAUUCCCUCCUGCAUUCAGGCAAGAUGUGUACAAUUGCUUUUGACAAAAGAUGUCACUCCGUAUCGCACUGGGACCUAAAUUAAUGUGAACUGUGAGAACGACGGUGGACCGCAGUGGACAGCUUGCGUGCUAAAGACUGCUUCUGCUUUGGAUAUUUUUGGAAACCCAUCAUAAAAUGGAAAAAAAGAUUACAUAUAGGUAAAAAAAAGCUAUUAUUUAAAAGGGAAGGAAACAAAUGUAUGAGUAACAGUAUUAUCUAUCAAAGGAUGUUAGCAGUCCUUGUGCACAGUUACUGUUAACAGAUCCGUAUUACUGGCAAGACAGCUGUUUUCUCUGCUACUCUUUGUUUCAGUAUCUCACUGUAUACAAUAAAGGCAUUAAAGAAGGCGAA